AUGAAGUUACUGAGAUGUUUGCAUCGAAAUUUUGCCGCCAGUGUUGAAAACGGAGCAAAAGGAGCAGACCCAGCUGAGCGAGCUCGUUUUCUGGGAAAUGAAAUCAACGAGGAGCGAGAAUUGCCGAGCGCAGAAGAUCUCGGAGAAUUCAUUAAAGAGAUGGCGAUGAGUGUCAGGCAGUACUCAGACUUGUUAGCAAGGCUUUCAGAUUCUCUGAAAAGCGACGAGAAAAUCGCUGCGAAGGGAAAUGACGAGUACCGGGAUUUUCGACGACUUCUUCAAAAUUCCAUCGACUCCGCGAAAUUUCUUUCUCCAGAGCUUGAAAUUAUUUCGAAAUUCGUGAUUCCUCUUUCUGGCGAUAAUAUCGGAAGCAUAAAGCUGCAAAAAACAAGCGACGAAAAUGAAAACGAAAAAGUCGAAGAAAUAAAAUGCGAAUUUUCUGAUUCAGUUUGA